ACCCUUAUUUUUAUUUAAAAUUACAAAAAUACCUAACCCCUCCAACCAAAAUUUCAUUCCUCUUCUAACUCUCGCUCUCACUGGUGUGCCUCUCAUCUCUCGCGACCAAAACCUCUCCGCCACCGCCUAGCGCCACCGUCCACCAUCGCCCUUCUCUCAUCUCUCCGACGGACCUCUCUCUCCCAGAUAAUUGUUCUCCAUAUAUAAUGUCGGAAGAGGUUGGAUCCAUGUUGGCAGUUUAUGAUGAUCCAUCUGACCAACAUUCACUGUCUUUCGGCGGCGAUACAAGCAGCACCGAGGAAUCCCCCGGUGAAACUAGACUCUCCUUGCAACCAACUAAUGAUCACAUUCCAUACAUUGGUCAAAGAUUUUCCACCCAUGAUGAAGCUUAUGAAUUCUAUAGUGAUUUUGCUAAGAGUUGCGGCUUCUCAAUUAGACGUCACCGUACAGAGGGAAAAGAUGGUGUUGGGAAAGGACUUACUAGACGCUACUUUGUUUGUCAUCGUGCUGGUAACACUCCUGCUAAAUCAACGAACGAAACUAAACCUCAAAGAAAUAGAAAAUCUUCUCGAUGUGGUUGUCAGGCUUAUAUGAGGAUAAGCAAAACGACGGAGUUUGGACCUCCAGAAUGGCGUGUCACUGGUUUUGGUAACCACCAUAAUCAUGAACUUUUGGAACCAAAUCAAGUUCGGUUCCUUCCUGCAUAUAGAACUAUAUCAGAUGUUGACAAAAAUCGAAUCCUUAUGUUUGCCAAAACAGGGAUUUCUGUUCAUCAAAUGAUGAGGCUUAUGGAGCUUGAGAAGUGCGUGGAACCAGGAUAUUUGCCUUUUACUGAAAAGGAUGUAAGGAAUUUACUCCAGUCGUUUAGAAAAUUAGAUCCAGAAGAAGAAAACCUAGAUCUGUUAAGAAUGUGCAGAAAUAUUAAGGAGAGAGAUCCUAAUUUUAAAUUUGAGUACACACUUGAUGCAAACAACCGUUUAGAAAAUAUUGCCUGGUCAUAUGCCUCGUCGAUCCAAUUGUAUGAUAUUUUUGGUGAUGCCGUGGUAUUUGAUACAACACAUCGUCUGACUGCAUUUGACAUGCCGUUGGGGAUAUGGGUUGGAAUAAAUAAUUAUGGAAUGCCCUGCUUCUUUGGCUGUGUGCUACUGCGAGAUGAAACUGUCAGGUCAUAUUCCUGGGCAAUAAAGGCUUUCUUAGGUUUUAUGAAUGGGAAGGCUCCACAGACUAUAUUAACCGACCAAAACAGUUGUCUCAAAGAUGCACUAUCUGCAGAAAUGUCGAUAACAAAACAUGCUUUAUGCAUAUGGAUGAUAGUAGCAAAGUUUCCAUCUUGGUUCAAUGCUGUUGUAGGGGAACGCUACAAUGAAUGGAAGGCUGAGUUUUAUAGACUUUAUAAUCUUGAAUCAGUUGAGGAUUUUGAACUUGGGUGGAGAGAAAUGGUAUGUUCUUUUGGGCUGCAUACCAAUCGGCACAUUGUUAAUUUAUAUAGCUUGCGCUCACUUUGGGCAUUGCCAUAUUUAAGAAGCCAUUUUCUUGCGGGAAUGACUACAACUGGCCUGUCAAAGUCAAUUAAUGCCUUCAUUCAACGGUUUCUAAGUGCACAGACACGACUUGCUCACUUUGUUGAACAGGUAGCUGUUGCUGUGGAUUUUAAAGAUCAAACUGGAGAACAACAAACCAUGCAGCAGAAUCUCCAAAAUGUUUGCCUCAAAACAGGAGCCCCCAUGGAAUCACAUGCUGCUACGGUCCUCACGCCUUUUGCCUUUUCCAAGCUUCAAGAAGAACUUGUGUUGGCUGCGCAUUAUGCAUCUUUUUCAGUUGAAGAUGGUUUUCUUGUGAGACAUCACACAAAAGUUGAAGGAGGUCGCAAAGUUUAUUGGUCCCCUCAUGAAGGAAUUAUAAGCUGCAGCUGUCACCAGUUUGAAUUUUCUGGAAUUUUGUGUAGGCACACUCUGAGAGUUCUUUCAACAGGAAAUUGUUUUCAGAUUCCAGAUACAUAUCUUCCCAUUCGAUGGCGUCGUAUCAGCGUGCCUUCUUCUAAGCUUGUUCACAAUGCACCCAAUGAUCAUGCCGAAAGAGUUAAGUUAUUCCAAAAUAUGGUUUCAUCUCUAAUUACAGAGUCUGCUAAGUCUAAAGAACGAUUAGAUACUGCAACAGAACAAGUUUCCAUUCUUCUGUCUCGCAUAAGAGAGCAGCCAAUUUCAUUACAAUGUGCCAGAGAUAUUUCAACCAUUAAUAGGAAUCUAUGAUGAAUGAACUGGCAAUGUAUGGUUUGAUGAAUAUGAGGUACUGGACAAUAUUUGUGAGAAAGUAUGGUAAUUGGAUUUUGUUGUGAUAUAUCAACACCCCUUCCUCAAGGUGGGGUGUCGCCGUGUCGUAUCAAAUUAUCCUAUGGUGAGAUUUCCUUAGAUUGGUAAACCUUAAACCCCAAAUUGCAUUGUAUUGCAAGGAUUCUGUUCUGUACAAAAUGUAUAGGAAAUUUGUUCCCUUUGGUUAUUAAUUCAUGUUUCCUUUAGAAUGAUAUAACAUUCAUUGAGAUUAAGGCAAUAUGAUUAGAUUAAGUUAUAACUUUUAAA